AUGAGCCAGAAGAAGAUACUUGGGACGGUUACAGAAUGUACAGAGAUUUGUGAUGAUUCAGUGUCUUUACUGGGAGAUACCAAUCUUUCAGUUCUAAAUAUUUCAGGACUUUCAACAGAGAAAGAAUGUAGUGAAGUAACGAAAAAUGAUGAGAAGGAUAAGGGAAGAUGGAUUUACGCAAGACCGUCCAGGUUGAAUUUUGCAUCAUUAUUUCACGUUGGAUCGAAUCGAAAAUACAAAAGAAGUAGUAGCGUAGUAGAUAUAGCAUCAUCAAAAUGUGUCGAUGAAAUGAUUCAAAUAAAUAACGAUCGUACAUUAUCUAAUGCAAAUGCUGGCUCGGUACCACAAUUAGAUUCUCGAAUUCUCCAAGACAGCUGUUCAUCAAGUGUCGGUGAACAAUCACAAUUUGCGAAUAGUGAAGAUGAACAUGUGGCCACAUCUGAUGCUAGUUCACUACAAACAGUACCACAACAUUCACCGUUGAGUAAUUCCUCUGCUCGAAAAUAUUGGGAAUGUCCGUUGUGCUUCAUUCGACAACCGUUAGCGAAUUUUCCUCGUCUUUCUUGCUGCAGCCAUCGAUCAUGUAAAAGUUGUCUUGUGCAAUACUUGCAAGUAGAGAUAAUGGAAAGCAGAGUGCAGCUGACAUGUCCAGAAUGUAAUGAGUUGCUUCAUCCAACCGAUAUCUAUUCCUUAAUGGCACAUUGCCCUGAUUUAAUUAAAAAAUACGAAACAUUUGCAUUGAGACGUGUUUUAAUGAUGGAUCCAGAUACUCGUUGGUGUCCAGCACCUGACUGCACAUACGCAGUUAUCGCAACAGCAUGUGCUGCUUGUCCCGAACUACGCUGUGAACGACCCGGUUGUGGUGCACUUUUUUGUUACCACUGCAAAGGACCAUGGCAUGCCAGUCAAACCUGUGAUGAAGCUCGUAAGGAACGUGGAGAAAUAUAUCGACGAGCGGUACCACAACUUUCGACUGCACAAGAAAGCACCCUCAAACGUGGAGAUAUCAAAGCAUGUCCUCGAUGUCGUACAUACAUUGUUAAAAUGAAUGACGGUUCAUGCAAUCACAUGAUUGGAACUCUAAUUGGUGCACCUGUUGGUAUUGCAUUGAUUGCAGGUUUAGCAAUACCAGGCAUAAUUUUUGGAGUACCCGUAUUUGUUGGAAGGAAAGUGAACCAGCGUUUUUCUCAUCUAACUAAAAUUCGUAGACGCUGUUUAACGGCUGGAAGUGUAAUAGGCUCACUUGUCGUUAGUCCAGUUUUGGCUGUAAUGGCUGUUGGUGUAGGAGUUCCCAUUAUGUUAGCUUAUGUUUACGGUGUCGUACCGCUAUCUUUAUGUAGAAAUGGUGGGUGUGGUGUUGGUAGUGGUUCAUCAAAACCAGAUCAAGACGAUCUUGAUAAUGACGAAAUUUGGCAUGAAGUAAAUAUGCGCAGCCAUGAGAAAUCACCGCUGCUGAGCGAUAUGGAGCGGCAGGAUGGUACAUCCGCUAUCACUAGAAUAUCAGUAAAUAGUGGUUUAUCAGCUGCGCAACAGAUGCCUAACCGUUUACAGGUACAGGCAGAAUUAUGUCGUCGCAGGCCGAGCAUAGAAUCAGGGAUCAAUAGCUUGGGUGAUAAAUGCAACUAUGAGGAAGCGAGUACCAAGGCAAUGGCUGGUUCGCAGUAUAAUGAUGACAAGAGUUUGCAAACUGUAUGUUCUGGUCAAGAAGCAGUGAGUUAUUGCGAAGAAGUAGCAAGUAUUGUUGCUUUAUCAGGUUCGGUUGUUGAUGCAAAGUCACUCACUGAUAGUGCCAGUGGACGUGUUUUUGUAACACAGAUGUACUGCCGUGAAAGAGAUCUGAGUCCAUCAUCACAGCAUGCCAUUGUUUGUAAUGAUCUUUCAAAAUCAGGUGAUGAACGUUCUUGCGGAAGUCAGCAGCAUACUCGGCAAGAAACAAUUGCUCAUACUCGAGAAGAUUCUUUGUCGUGGGGUGGUGCUUGCAAACGUCGUGGUCGCGCAACAAGCAUUAUUUCUGCUACAAGUGGCGGUGUAGCAUCACAUCGGGUUGCACAAACAUAUUCCAGUGUAAAAUGUGGCUUCAUUACUGAGAAUGUUUCAGGAGGGGAUUCCAAUGAAUUGUUGCUAAUGACAGAUGAAGCAAUCCCUCAAUCUAGCGAUACAAAUAAAGAUUUAAAGCCGCCAUUUUCAAGUUCGAUUAAAUUUCAUCAGGUUGUGCGUUCCUCUCAUUCAAGUGAUUCUUCUGAUUCGAAACCUGAUCGAUUUCACAUCCGUGCCAUUUUUGAUACUAUGAAGAGAAUCGUUUCGGAUGAUGUUGCUUCUGAAUCUGAAAAAGAAUUGGAAGUUCAGCAAAUCGGUAAUUUUAAUUUCCAUUCGGUUUUGCGCCGUCCAGUAUAUAAGAAUACAAAUUUAAAUAAUACCUAUAGUCAUACUGCUGGUGCAUUUUCGAGUGGCGAUAACCAGCGCGUACUAUCCUCUGGUUCAGAGCAUUCCAUUGCGACAAACUGCACUAAAACAGAUCGCAAUAGUGAUGAAAAGAAUGAUAUAGGAAAUAAACGGCGUUUCUUUCCAAAUCUUUUUAUCAAACGUUGA